AUGGCUUCCCGCCACGCCUUACAGCAACUCCGAGGCCGGGUCCGGGACCCGGUCCGGGCUAUCCGGGCGAUUCAGGGCGAGGGCCGCGAAUGGUGUGAACUAUGUGGCGACGAGAUUGUCGGACAUACCGCCCGUCACCAUGUAUACCAGUGUUCGCACUGUCGGCGAGCUUACCACCGGAAUUGCGUCGACCAGCUGCGGCGCCAGGAGGCCGACCGUGGGGAUCCCCUGCCUUUCGGCUGCCCGGGCUGCGGCACGCUGUGGCGUGAGAUUUCUUAUUUCCGUGGACGCAACGAGUCCAGCGCCGCGUCGUCACGAUAUCGAUUUCGGAGGGACGGUGAAAUGUACCUCUGCGAUGGUGUCUUGCCUGAUGGGCGGGCGUGCGCCUUCACGGCCCCCACCAACAACAUGUUCUACACGCACUAUCGUAGGAUGCAUGACAACCCGCAGUUCCAGUCGGGAGAUAGUAGUUACUAUGCCUGCUCUUACUGUGAUGAUGCCUUGCCGACUUGGUCAGGCCUGAGCCAACACAUGCGGCGAGUGCACAAUAUCACUGCCGCCCCUUCCCAGGAGCAUCGGGAAACUGCAUCUGCUCCCCAGCAAGCAGCGGCCAGGGACUCCCACAGUCCUCAAUACUCUGCGGGCUUCUUUGAGCCCCCGGCCGGCGUGAGUACGACGGAUUACUACUGCCCUUGCUGUGCCAUGGGUCCCGUUGGCCGCAUGAGACUCUUGGAUCAUGUGGAGACGUAUCACAAUCAGGAGCUGCCGUAUUGUCAGCUUUGUAACCGGGAUUAUUAUGCGUGGCCAGAGCUGAUUCGCCAUCUACGUGAGGACCAUUGACCGGCAGAGAUAUGCUUCACUCCACACACUUCGCACGAUCGGAGACAUUGAUUCAUUGACUCAAAAAACAAAAAACAAAGAAAAAAAGAGGACCAACAGAAAGAAGUCGCUCGUACGGGCUUUCUGCCU